AUGGACUCCCUCAGCACCGGCCCCGUCGCAGACGUCCUCGCUAGGCUCUACCAAGAAGCCGAAGUCGCCGACGCACCCAUGCGCCGCGCCGAAGGCACCGCCGACACCGACGUGGCCGCCUCCGUCCUCGCCUCCGAGGCUGCCGACCUGCGCGGCACCUACCACGACCUCGCCGACAACUUCCUGUGCGUGUCGCCCCGCUUCGGGCGACACCUGUACAUGUGCGCGCGCGCCGCCCGCGCGCGCCUCGUCGUCGAGUUUGGCGCCUCCAUGGGCGUGUCCACCAUCUUCGCCGCCGCCGCCCUGCGCGACGCCGGCGUCCCCGGUGGGCGCGUCGUCACCACGGAGCUCGAGGGGGGCAAGGCGCGGCGGGCGCGCGAGAACGUGGCCGCCGCGGGGCUGGCGGGCCUGGUGGAGGUGCGCGUGGGCGACGCGCGCGAGACGCUGAAGGGCGGCGUGGAUGGGGAGCAGGUGGACGUGCUGCUGCUGGACGGCGCGUGGUCGCUGUACCUGGAGGUGCUGAGGUUGAUGGAGCCGCACCUGCGACCGGGCGCGGUGGUGCUGGCGGACAACGCGGAGGACCCGGCAUAUCUCGAGUACGUGCGGGACCCGCGCAACGGUUACCUCUCGCUGCCGCUGGAGUUCGGAGAGAAGGAGGGGAAUGAGUUUUCGGUUCGGACCAGGUAG